AUGCAAUAAAAAGAGAAAAAAUUUGAACCCAUUAAAAUGCCUAUCAAGGCAAAAGGACUGGCUGAUGCUUAAGUUUAAAAGCAAAUCACAACUGACAAGCAUCCCCAAAAGAAAAUUUAAAAAAUAAUUAGCAAUAAUAAAAUCCUUAAUCGGAAGAGAGAAUAGAAUUUCAGGGUAAAAUAAACAAGGAAUCCAUUGCUGCAGAAAUAUUAUGUAAAUCAAAUUUUUAUUCCAUAAGAAAAUGGAUAUGUUUAAUCGUAUGCUGAUUUUUUUUAUGUGACUAAUGAAACCGUCCCAAAAUUAUUUUAUUAACCUUCUGGAAUUUCAUUAGAGGAGCAUUUUUCAAAUCAUAGAAUUCAUCAAAAAUAUAUUAAUUAAGAUGAAGAAUUCUUGUUGGAUUUAAAAAAAAGAUUAUAGAAUGCUGAAGAAAACGCUAAAUACUAGUACCCAGACAAAACUUAGGCAUUAAACGAGUACUUGAAUUUGGCAGAAUUCUUUUUUACUGAAUACCAAGAUUACAUAGUGGCAGCUUAUUUUUACAAAAGAGUAAUUCAAAUAUCAAGAUAAUACACCGAAGCUAAAGCCGAAGGCAAAGGCAAGCUAGGAUAUGCAAAGUGUCAUUACCAAGUAGGGUUGAUAGAUUAAGCAAUACAAAUCUUAGAGGAGAGCAUGAAAUAGUGUGAAUAAUUAUAGAAUUUGGAUUCGGUAGUUGAAUAAAUGUCAACCGAAUUGAUAAAAAUCUACAACAGAAUGGCCUAAGAAUAUGAGAAGGGGGACAAUGAUUAAAUAGCAUAAUCAUUAAAAUAUUAUGAUAAAUGCAGAGAAGCAGCCUAAAAAGCAGGAGACUUAGAAUCUGAAGGAGUCAUAUGCAACAAAAUUGGUGGGUUAUAUUUCAAAAUGCAGAAUAUCUAAAAGAGUAUACAAUAUCAUCAUAAAUUCUUGGAAAUUGUAAAAUAGUUACACAAAGAAGACUCAAAAUAAAAGGAAAUGGAGGCACAUUCCUCUUUAGCAUAAUGUUAUCUAAAGAAAGGUGAUGUAGAUGAAGCCUAAAAGCAUUUGGAAAGUUAUUAUGCUUUGGCUAAAGAUUAAAAAUUAUACAAUUCAUAAUCCGAUGCUGCACUACACUUGGCUAAGUUAUAUUAGAGCAAAGGAAACACAGCUAAAUCUUUAGAAUACUUUUAAUAACACUUUGAUUGUGCUAAGUCUGAGAAACCUGAAUAAAAGAGUAGAAAAUUAAUUGACAGAGCUAGAGUUACUUAUGGUAUAGCCAAGGCGAAUGCAUUUAUGGAUAAUUACAUUAAACUUGUAGCAAACAGUGAUAAAAAUUUAAAAGCAUUAUUGGAUUGGAAAUCAAAAAGAGAUAAAUGA